AUACCCCAAAACCGAACCGUUCAAACUACCGCCAUCCCACGCGCCCUACUCGCGCGUCACUUCGCUCUCCUCAAAACGUGAAAGGCUCGUACAAAACCAACCUCUUCUCCUCCUUCUCUCUAUAUCGCAACGCAAACUAACAACAACAACAACCACCACCAUCAACAACGUUUGUGUCUGGUUUUGUUGUGUUGUUGGGGAUUCUUCAUGGCAACAAACCCUUGAUUCCUCUCCCCAUUCUCUGCAGAGCUGUUGAAUGUUGAUUGCAGUUGAAUCAUUUCCAUGAGGGAACGUGGAUUGGAGUCAAAUGAGCAAGAUAAUACAGCUUCAGGAGAGGCUGUGUUCUGAAAAUGGUGUAUUUGAAACAAGGUCACUCUCUUCCGUCGGAAAUUGUUAUUAUUUUAUUUCAUUAAGAGAAGGGCCAUUCUAUUAUAGUGUUGGACGGUUACAGAAUGGAUCUAGAAGACAAGUUCCUUGCUAAAGGUUCUCUCGGUACUGCUGAUUGAUGCAUGCAUGACAACUAGUUUCUGGUAUUCAAAGUCUUUCAUCUAGUGCUCAAAGUACUCCUGAAAAAAAUGGUCAUUCGGAUGAUGCUUCAAGAAGUUCAGAACUUCUUCAGGAGUUCCUAAAACCUGCUCUUAAGAAGGAACUUCUACGAACUUGCGUUGAUAAGGACAAAAAGAACAUUUCUUCAAAAAGCAGGAUGACUGAAACUAAGUCAACCAGUAAGAUUGUCAAGAAGCAGGACUCAAAAAAAGUUUCUGGUGUCAGCAAUCAGUCUUCUAGGAAGCAACAUCGCAAAGGAGAAAACCCUGUGCGGUUUGUACCAGUUCCUGACCCACCUAGUGAUUUUGGACAUUCAAACUCCUGGAUCUGUAAGAAUUCUGCUUGUCGAGCAGUUCUCUCUAAAGAUGACACAUUUUGUAGAAGGUGCUCUUGCUGUAUUUGCCACCUUUUUGAUGAUAACAAGGAUCCCAGCCUUUGGUUGGUAUGCACAUGUGAAUCUGCUCAAGGGGACUCCUGUGGAUUGUCUUGCCAUAUUGAGUGUGCUCUUCAACAUGAAAAACUUGGAGUUGUUGAUCAUGGACAACUGAUGCAAUUAGAUGGUGGUUAUUGUUGUGCAUCCUGCGGUAAAGUUACUGGGAUACUUGGAUGUUGGAAGAAGCAGCUAAGCAUAGCAAAAGAUGCUCGACGAGUAGAUGUACUAUGUUUCAGGAUAUAUUUGAGCUACAGGCUUUUGGAUGGUACUUCAAGAUUUAAAGAAUUGCAUGAAAUGGUAAAAGAAGCAAAGGCUAAACUGGAAACUGAAGUUGGUCCAGUUAAUGGGGUUUCUGCCAAAAUGGCACGUGGGAUUGUCAGCAGACUCCCUAUUGCUAGUGAUGUCCAAAAACUCUGCUCUCUUGCUAUUGAGAAAGCUGACGAGUGGUUGGCCACUGUUCCCAAUGUAAAUCCAGAAUCCAGAGAGGGUUCACUUCCUGCUGCCUGCAAGGUUGUGUUUGAAGAGGUGACGUCUUCCUCAGUCAAAAUAAUUUUAAUUGAAAUGUCAAAUGCAUCUUCUGGGGACGUUAAGGGAUACAAGCUAUGGUAUUACAAGAGCAGGGAGGAAUCACACACUAAAGAUCCUGUUUGUGUUUUUCCCAAAUCUCAGAGAAGGAUUUUGUUAUCCAACCUCCAACCUUGCACGGAAUAUACAUUUCGGAUUGUAUCUUUUACUGAUACAGGUGACCUGGGUCACUCUGAGACCAAGUGUUUCACCAAGAGCGUUGAGAUAUUGGAAAAGAAUUCAUCUUCAUCAGUGGCCGUGAAUCAAAAAAAGAACCUUCAAGCUGAGUGCAAUUCUUCUGGUUCCAAAUUGGAGCCCAAUCCCACAUCAGCUGACUCUGGAUUUAAGGUUCGAGACCUUGGGAAAAUCUUGCAUCUUACUUGGGCUCAAGAACAAGGUAGCUUUGAGGGGUUUUGCUGUGCUGACAAGAGAAACUGCUGUGGGCAGAGUGAAACUAUCAAGCCUAGCAAACCACAAGAGCAGUUGCCUUCAGUUUCACGUGACCUCGAUCUAAAUGUAGUUUCAGUGCCUGAUUUAAACGAAGAGCUGACACCUCCGUUUGAGUCUUCCAGGGAUGAAGAUAACGGUUGUACCUUGCAGCAGGCUGUUGAGGCUGAUGAUGAUGCUGCUUCUCAUGAUUUAGACAAAAAUUUAGCAAGAUCACAUGGUAGUGGUGGUUCACAAACAUGGAACCAUGGACAAACCGGAGAAGUUCCUGCUGUUGACUCACGUGGAGACGCAAGUAGGAAAAGGAAAGCUAGCACAAAUGAAGAGACACAUGAUUGUGACAGCACUUUGAUAAAUGGCUCUCCUUUACGCCCUUCUGAUGGUCCAUUCUCUUUGGAUGAAAACUUUGAGUAUUGUGUGAAAGUAAUUCGCUGGCUAGAAUGCCAGGGUCAUAUCAAGCAGGAAUUUAGGUUGAAAUUGCUGACAUGGUUUAGUUUGAGGUCGACAGAGCAAGAACGAAGGGUGGUAAAUACUUUCAUUCAAACUCUGAUUGAUGAUCCUAGUAGUUUGGCAGGGCAGCUAGUUGACUCAUUUUCUGAUAUUAUAUCCAACAAGAGGCCAAGAAAUGGGUUCUGCAACAAGACCGUGACAUCAAAUUAAGCCUUUGGAAUCCUGUUACACGAGAUCCCUAAAUGCUUCAAGACUAUCACCAUUUCAAAUCACCCUGAUUGUUUCUGCCUUGUACAUGCAUUUUUUAUUACUCACCGUAAUUCAUUUUAUUGGGACAAGCUUUUGUCCUGCUAAAAGGAUUUGCAUUGAUGAUUUGCGCAGACAGUAACUGAUUCAUCCUUGAAGUGAAGAAGGAUCUUUGGACAUCAAGUCUCAGGAAGUUGAAAGGCUAUUUGCUAUUUACUAAAUUACUGCAAUUAUUUAUUACUGCAAUUAUUUAUCAAUUUGAAUUUAGUCACAGUUGAUCAUUAUUAGUGUUGAACUCUCUUCUCAUUACUUCAUUUGACAAACAACACUGUGAUGGCUGAUUUAUUCAUCCCGUCAUUCUUUUGUUAUCUUA